AUGACCCGACUUUUCCAAAUGAUCCAACUGGUUAAAGGAAAAGGCACAUUGAUGCACCUUGUUGCAGCAAACAUGUUGCGGUCAACCAACAAACAAGACGAUUUUGCUGGUCGAUCUGGUAGCAUUUGUCAGAAAUUUUCAGUUGUGGACCUCCCAGAUUUUUUCUUCAUAGUAAAUAUGCAGAUCCCGGGUCCAACGACAACUUUUCAUAUUGCUUUUUACUAUGCAACCACUACUCCCAUCAAAGAUGUGCCCUUGCUACAAAACUUUGUAGAAGGAGAUGAUGCAUAUAGGAACGCAAGAUUUAAGCUCAUACCUCGUGUGUCUAAGGGACCAUGGAUUAUAAAGCAAAGUGUUGGAAAUAGACCCUGCCUGCUUGGGCAAAUUCUCAAGAUUCAAUAUGUUCGGGGAAAAAACUACCUAGAGGUAGAAACUGUAACACAAUACUCACUUUCUACCUUUAUAUGCAACAUACCAUAA